UUGAUCCAGGAAGAUAAUCGAGGUCGAGGGAGGGGGAUAAACCGUGCACGUGGGUGAAGAAACCAAAAGUGCGACAUAGAAACUCGUUUCGAACGUUAUCCGGAAAUCGGUGCGAUGCAUUCGAGGACGCUGUUGAUCGUCGCGUGUUUUUGCGUGGCACGCGCCAGCUCGCAGUUCUUCAGCUUCAAAAACCUGAAGGAUUACACGAGGAUCUUCCAGCUGGACGGUCUGCUGAAGAACGAGACCGGUAACGAGCUGUGGAGCGGCCUGUUCAGGGACUGUGACCGAUCAGUGACGUUCUCGUGCAUUCAGAAGAACGCGUACUCGUAUUUGGACAACGUUUUUGUGGACCGGGACAAUGUUACCGUGUUCGAGGGGUUGACGCUGACGAAGAACGACCUGGAUUACGGGACGUGUCGCAGGAACUCGCUGGAAGAGAACCUGGUGGAAGGAUCAGUCAAGGACGACUGCGAUGAAGAGGAAAGUGAAACAGGACGAGAGUUCGAGGAGGAACGAUCGCCUUUGGAGGAAGUGACCGAUGCUUUGAGGAAGAGGGCGGUGAAGUUCAUUGCUACUCGGGAUUACGAGAUCCAGCUGCCUGAUUUCUUUUUUGAGGGGGCGGCGAUUAGGAUUAGCCCUAAGGAGGUCGAUGAGAAUGGCGCUUUGGUCAGGGUGGACUUUGGACAACGGGGGGUGCAGGGUGAAGGGAGGAUCUUCAAGAAAAUUAGGAAGUUCAUACAGAACAAGUUGCUGACGAGUUUGCUGGCACUGCUGCUCAUUAUCAAGCUGAUAAAAGUGAAAUUCAUGUUCGUGAUACCCUUCCUGUUCGGCGUGGGGACCGCCAAGAAGUUGUUCCUGAAACUGUUACUUUUCUUCAUACCUGCAUUCGCGCAUAUCUUCAAACUGUGCUCGAGCUAUUACACGUCGCACGCGACCAAAUACCAUCAUCAUCAUCAUCAGAUAGCGCAUCACCAUCACCACGUCCCAGUUCCCGUGCCAAUACCCACAUACUACAACCACCACCAUCAUCACCACGACGAGGAGGACUUCGACGGCUACGACUACGCUCAUCCUCACAUACAAUAUCGAAAAGACGUUGAAGAGCUGAAGGAGUGGGGCAUCGAGCCGUACGAAGAGUCUUACGAGCAGCACAACGACCCUGGCCGAGUGCCAGGAGUGCUGCCAGCGCCGUUUCCAGGACCCACGUACGCAGGAGCGUAUGGUAUACCACAAUAUGCGCCCAACGCUCAGAAUAUACCAACGACAUACACAGAGAAACGCCCGAUAUCCGCCCACAAUUUGGCCUACUCCGCUUAUGCCGAUCGACGAACUCAAGCUUCCGUACCUUCGAACUCCCCUAAUCUACAGUCGGCGAUACUAUCAAAGUCUACGAACCUCAAAACGUCCCACAACGUGGGUCAAAACGUUAGACAGGUUCCCACAGGAACCUUGAAAGCACAGGAAGUAAAAAUUGUACCCAAACAGACGAUCAGUUACGAUGACGAGUUUUAUGGGCCAAUCGUUGGUAGGCUAGAAGAGAUAUUCAGACAAUUGAGAUUCAACGAGGAGGUCUGCAGAGAGAGAUUGGUGUGCAGCAUGUACAAGAACCCGACUGUUUACUCGCCACACAGUAAUCUCGUUUCCAACGAACUCUCCAGAGACCCACAAGAGUUGAAGCGGACAGUUACCGAAAGCCCGUCCAGCCAGAAAUUUCACCGAUAUCUGAGCGCAGCGAGAUUGGGUCAAGAUGGAGGCGACUGCUUAAGAACUUAUCCGUGUCACAUAAAUACCGAGUAAACCAGACGUGGAUUUUUCUUCCCGAUUUUACGAAGAUCAUCUUCUACCGAGCGUUCAAAUCUCCAGCGAAGUCUCCUGCUCGGGCAUCGAAGUCUCCUGACCGGUUGAUUCCGCUACGCGUAAUCGCGGUUGAUUUAGGGCAAUACGAGUGCACAAGUUCUACCUGGAACACGUCAGACAAAUUCCUUCCAAACGAUGUCACGUUCGAUGUAAUUACGUGUUUUAUACCUGUGGCCGAGGAUUUUCUGGAAACGUUUUAGUACCGCUUUUGGUAAAACGUUUUUCUUGUUCCUGGAGAACUUUUGCACGAUAUUCUCUCGGAUAUUUUAGAUUUAAGAGAGGUUGAUAGAUUGUUCGUGGAAAUUUUAAUUUUUUGGAGGACUCGAUGAAGGUGAAAGUGCUGUGUUGCUUUAUUGAAAUUUUGAACCUUGGUGCUUAAUUUCUGAGGAAGAAAUUCUGAAUGAAUGAAAGAAAUUUUGA